CUCUUUCUCCGCGAAUUCUGGGCGGCAACCCCAUGGGGACAUGGAGUAGCCAAGAGACACAAAGCAGAAUGAAUGCCUGAAGGGAAGAAUGACUUACUCCACACACCCAGAUAAGCCUCGCCAACACCGAGUUGCAUACCAGGUUUUGUAUCACCGACUAACCUCUCUUGGGUAAAUCACCACGGGGAUCGACUGGGGGGGCAAAGCACCAACCCAACUUGUUCAGCUACUGUAUAGGAUCGACUUCGAACUUGGGGGGAGCUUGUAUAAGUUGUGUCCACAAUCCCCAGACUUUUGUGCUUCAUCUCCUCCACAUUCCACUCUCUCUUCCUUUUUCACCUCUCUACUCCUGCACUCUCAGUCUUUGAGUUGUUUGCUUGUUGGUCAAUUCACUUUGCUCCUUCAACAAUCAUGUCGCAUUACUCUAGUCCUGCUGAGAAGGACCUCAAGCGUGAUCUCGAGAAUGAUCAGCCUGCUUUGAACAACACCCCUUCCAUCGCUGGUGAAGCCCAGGUUCACGAUGAUGUCUUUGGUGAUAUCACCGAUGAAGGCCCCAACUACCGCGCUGUCGGCUGGAUCGGCACCGUAGCUCUCAUGAUGAAGACCCAGGUCGGUCUUGGUGUUCUGUCCAUCCCAGCUGUCUUCGACGUCCUCGGUAUUCUCCCCGGCAUCAUCUGCCUCAUCGUCAUCGCCGGCAUCACAACAUGGUCCGAUUACAUGAUUGGUGUUUUUAAGCGCAACCAUCCGCAAAUCUACGGUAUCGACGAUGCAGGCUUCUUGAUCUUCGGCCGAGUUGGACGUGAGAUUUUCGGCAUCGCUUUCUGCCUCUUCUGGAUCUUCGUUGCGGGCUCUGGUAUGCUCGGUAUCUCAAUUGGUCUCAACGCCGUCUCUCUUCACGGUACUUGCACUGCUGUCUUCGUCGCUGUUGCUGCUAUUUGCGGAUUCCUGCUGGCCAGUGUUCGCACCCUCGGCCGCAUCAGCAUGCUCGCCUGGGUCGGCCUCGUUUGCAUCAUGACUGCUAUUUUCACCGUCACCAUCGCAGUUGGCGUUCAGGAUCGUCCUGCAGCUGCUCCCCAAGAGGGCCACUGGAAGUCUGACUGGAAGGUUGUCGGAAACCCCAGUUUCACUGAGGCUAUUUCUUCCAUCUCUUCUCUCAUCUUUGCCUAUGCUGGAACCCCUGGAUUCUUUGCCAUCGCUGCUGAGAUGAAGCGUCCUGAGCAUUAUACUCGAUCUCUCCUCAUCUGUCAAGCUGGUGUCACACUCACUUACAUCGUCAUCGGCUGCGUCGUUUACCUAUACUGCGGCUCAUACGUCGCAUCGCCCGCCCUCGGUUCCGCCGGCCAUCUCAUCAAGCGCGUCGCCUAUGGCAUCUCCCUCCCCGGCCUUCUCGCAACAACCGUCCUCGUCAUCCACUUCGCCGCCAAAUACGUCUUUGUCCGCCUUCUCCGCGGAACAAAGCAUCUCUCCUCCAACAGCGCUAUCCACUGGGGAACUUGGCUCGCCUGCACCAUAAUCACCACCGUUAUCGCCUACCUGAUUGCUUCUGGUAUUCCUGUCUUUGGCGGCCUCGUCUCCCUCGUUGGCGCGCUCCUUGGCACGCUCAUGUCGUUCCAGCUGUACGGCUUUAUGUGGCUGUAUGACAACUGGGCCAAGGGCAAGCGUGAUCCCAACAUGAAGUGGUACCUCAUGGUUGCUUUCAGCAUCUUUGUUAUUGUCUCGGGUACUUUCCUCAUGAUCGGUGGUACUUACGGAUCUAUUGUUGGCAUCAUCGACUCGUACAAGGCUUCAGGUGGCUCUGCUGCUUUCUCUUGUGCCGAUAAUUCGAAUUCCACUUAAGCGCAGCGUUGUUUUCUUUUAGCAUUACGCAUUGUAUACCAUUGGACUUAGAGUAGAGAAAACAUAUUCAUACAUUAGAGGUUGAAGAAUAAAUCUACCAUCAUAUUUAUAAACCAUGA